UUUUAUAUAAAUGUGUUGCCAAAGAUGAGAUCUUUGUAUCUUAGUGACUUCUCUUCUCUUUUCUCUCUGAGAUUCUCUUAAUUUUUUGAUUUUUUUUUUGAAGAAAUACAACUAAUAGUUGAAAUGGGGUUUCUUGUUUUUCACUGAAAGCACAUGAUUCUAAUAGUUUUUAGUUUUUUUUAUAAGCAAAUGCAACAAAAAUUGUGAUGGGGUUUCUUGUUUUUAACUGAAAAAGCACAUGAUAGUGUGUUGUUGUUUCAGUGAGAUUUUGGAGAGUAGUUGCAGAUGAAGAUGAGGGGUUAUUCAUUCUUUACUGCUACUCUCAUUUUUGCUGUUUCCAUUUGUUUCAGCUCAAUUCCUGCUGAUUCUUUACCAAGAGACUCUUUUAAGUCCAUUUUAGGGGAGGGAAAUUUGGAAUCAUGGAAGGAUGGUGUAUUGCACUCAACAGAUAUGGCACAAGCACCAAGUGAGCAUGCGAGCACGCUAGUGCUGGCGGGAAACAGGACGAGGAGGCCAGACUUUCUUUCUGGUUUCCACAAAUACAGAGGUGGAUGGGAUAUUGCCAAUAAACACUACUGGGCAUCUGUUGGUUUUACAGGUGUUGCUGGUAUCAUACUCGCUCUGCUGUGGUUCAUUUCUUUUGGAUUGGCUCUUGUAGUGCAUUAUUGCUGCGGAUGGAAGAUCAAUAUUAGAGAUGGAGAACGACAUUUUUCAGAGAGAAUUUGCCUGAUCGUGCUCAUCAUCUUGACAUGUGCUGCAGCGUAAUAA